GGGCAUCUAAUACUGUGUAUGAAGUCAUGCUCCCCUCUGAUUCUCUUACAGAUAAAUGUGACAUUAUUGCAAGAGGUUUGGGGUCUUGUAGGCUACUGGAGAGUAUUUAUCCUGCUCUUGAUACAAAUUCUGUGACCCUUAUGCCAUUUGGUACAAAAAUGCAUCAGGUGGGGCUGGAAUGAAAUGUGUGCAUCUCCUUCACUGUUGCAAAACAGGCAGUCGAGGCCAUGAAAGCCUUGAGUGAGAUGGACCCAUCAUGGCCCUGUGAGCUGGAUGUGUAUGUGUCUGAAGACAGCUACGGCUCGGGCCUUUGACAGCAGCUUGCAGGCCGUUUGCUAUUGGCCUCCCCAGGGAAUGAAGCAGAUGCAUUGGCCCAGGUGCAUUGGCUAGCAGGACAGCCCACCUUGGGGCAGAAGACAAUGUGGGCUGUAGCCCAUCAGUGGGGCCUGCCUUUGAUCUUCAAAGAAGUCAGAAGAGCCCUGACAGGAGAGCAUUGGGUGACUGGGUCCCACGGCAACCUGGAGACUACAAUGCCUUGGACAUUUCAACACAUGGACCAGUGACGGCUGACCUUUCUGGCACCUUGGGGACAAGGCCUGGAAGCUGGCCUCCUGUGUGUUCCUGGAAUAAUGGCAGAGUGGCCCCCCAAAGAUCACAAUAGUAUACCCCAAAUGGCUGGAGGUAAGAGCAUUUUACUGGGGAGCUUUGUUUUAGCAUUAUGUCCAGUGCAUGGACCUCCAGUAGUACUAUACAUAGACUCCUCUGUAAUCCCGACAGGGAGAGGGGCAAAGAUCUGGUAUACUAGACAGGGAUGGGACCCUGUUCCUGUCACUGCCCUAUCACAGGACCACUCUCUUGCAUACAUCCUACCUGAGGGAAAGGGUUUGCCUAUGCUGGUGUCAUUAGAACAUGUAUUGUACAGCCUUUAAGGUGAGUUUCUUCUACAGUCUUUGUGGCUUGGAACCUCCGCCCAGCCACAGCUGCUGCUUGCUGAGUAUGCCUGGAGUCCCCUGCCAGUUCAGCUGCAGGCCUACUGUGGAGUGUGUGAGCUGUGGACUUAAUGUGUGUAGGGCCUUGAACCCAGCUGGAACUCGGGCUUGAGGAUUGUCCUGCUUUUGCUGUUAUUUGUAUCAUAGCUUCUGUUAUUAUUUGUGUAUUAUUAGUGACUUCUGUUACUGCUGUGGAAUCUGAUUGCAGUGCUCCAGCUUUCUUGUACAGGGAUCAUCAUGGACGAUUGUGGGCAUGUAGAUUGUGAGUUCCUGGUACAUAAUUGGUCAGGCAUGUGCCAGUCACCAAAGACCCACCUACAGAGCUCCUGCCGGUGCUAGGAAAAGGGAAGGGAGAUGCUGCCAGGAGAGCAGGGAGAGAGCCGUGGAACCCCAGCGCUCCUGGAGAAUUAAGCCAAAGCGUGGGAGCAGAGAGCUUCGUGUGGAGCCGGGACAGCGGACACAAGGAGAGACUGAGACCUGCAGCUGUGAGAAUAAAUGUGGUAACCCUCUUGAAUCCCUAACUUCUUGCUUUUGCCUUUAUUUAGUCUGUCUGAAUUCAUAGAGAUUGUGCCCCGGGUGGGGAACCCCCUCCUCCCAGAGCUACAAAAAGAAAUUGUUUAUUAAUUAGUGGCAAAUGAGAGAGUUGCAGGUUUGUGCUUUAAAGAACCACUGUCCUGAAGCACAAGAAGUUGGGGCUUUUAAUGGGAAAAAUGUGUGAGAAAUGUGGGAAAUGUGGGAAAAAUGGGGAAAAUGUGAGGCUGUGGUGUUCAGAGCCACACCAAGUAGCAGUUUACAAGGAUCUAAGCAGACAUUCUUGCACUGAUUCGGUUGCUUUUUGUUUAUCUUACUGGCUCCUCCUCAGCACCCUGGGACAGGACAGCUUGGGCUCUGCCAAAUCAGCUUUCUGCGUUAUCUCUGACCCUGAGGCUCAGAAAAUAGGGAGAGCAAAGAGAAACUGCCUCCUCUGAGUGGUUACAAAGUUGUUGGGGCUCCUUGAGUUCAUUUUCAAGUUAAUUUUAGUGUUAAAUUUUAAAACCAGAAAUUUAACUCAGUUUUCUUCUGUUGCAUUCUUUUGCAUGCCAAAUAAAGCAAAAUAAAUGUGUCACGAAGACAUGACAACUCCUGAUACUGAAACAAUAAUUACUGACUUGAAGCCUUGCUACUCCAAACAUAGUCAAGAGAUCUGCAGCAUUUGAGUCACUGAAGUGAGAUCCCACUAGAUCAUGCCCAUCAGCCUGCCGUUUCCAGGCACUGGAAUUCGGAACCUACCUCACACUGAAUCCUGACCAGAGCCGUUGCAGUCAGGACAGGCGGCUCUGGGCCUAACUCCUAGAGGGAAAGCGGCUUUGGCCUUUCUUCUCCUGGCCUCUGCCAGCUUCCACUGACCAGAUGGAUUCCUGCUCUAGAAUAUGGGGGUGUUGGUGCAGCGGACCGCAGUCGAACAGUUUCACAUGUCCCUGCACCAGCAUACUCAUGGACAGCUCUGCGGACUAGGGAUUGGCACAGCCUGAGCACGGGUACAUGGUGCAGAACCAUAGCAAGAUACUUCUGACUUGCUUUGGACAGAUCCAGUGGAGCAGUGCCCACCGCCUUGGUCCAGGAACUGCCUGACUGUGGACAGAGCUAAAGGACAGACCAAGUGGCUGUGGACACUUCUCUCUUCGUAUCUGGCAUUGCUCGGGAUUAUUUGAGUCAGGAUCAAACUCUGUGAGCUGAUCACUGCCCCUAGUAUUAGAUCAAUCCAUAGAAAGUGGGCGCAAUGGCCAUGACACUGUUAGAGGAUUGGUGCAAGGGAAUGGACCUGGACCCCAGGAAGGCCCUGCUGAUUGUGGGCAUCCCUGUGGAGUGUACUGAGGCCGAAAUUAAAGAGACUGUGAAGGCCAGCUUGCAGCCCCUGUGUGCCUACAGGGUGCUGGGCAGAAUGUUCAGGAAGGAAGACAAUGCUAAAGCAGUCUUAAUCGAAUUGGCUGACACUGUCAAUUAUGCUACACUGCCCAGACAGAUACCGGGAAAGGGAGGUGUCUGGGAAGUGGUGGUAAAGCCCCGUAAUCCAGAUGAAGAAUUUAUCAGUAGACUGCACUUCUUCCUAAAAGAUGAGGGCCGGACAAUGGCAGAUGUGGCCAGAACCCUGGGGUAUAGCACUCCCACUGAGGGCAUGGAGGCAGGAGGCUUGGCCAAUGUCAAACCACCAGUUUUUCAACCUCUGAACAAAAGCAUGUCGGACCAAAAACUGAAAGUGUUUUCAGGAAGUGCUUUCCCAGGCCCGGGAGAAGAGGACUUUGAAGUCUGGUUGGAGCAGGUCACUGAGAUGAUGCAGAUGUUGCAAGUGUCUGAGGUGGAGAAGAGGCGGCGCCUGGUGGAGAGCUUACGGGGUCCUGCCCUGUCCAUUAUGCGGGUGCUCCGGGCCAACAACGACUCUAUGACAGUGGAGCAGUGCGUGGAUGCCCUGAAGCAGAUCUUUGGGAAUAAAGAGGAUUGCAGAGCCGCGAAGUUUAAAUUCCUCCAGACUUCUCAGAAGUCUGGAGAGAAAACCUCUUGUUUUUUGCUACGGUCAGAGCCUCUGCUGCAGAAAGCUGUGCAGCACAGCCCCUUGUCGGUGUGGAGCACAGACAUGAUUCGUCUAAAACAUGUCCUGGCUCAGGCCUGCAUGACCACCACCGUCCGGGCCAAGCUGGAGCCCCUGGAUCAGCACGGCUGUGCUCCCACAUUUCUGGAGUUAAUGAAGCUCAUCCGGGAUGAAGAGGAGCAGGAGACCACCAAGACCGUGAAAAAGGAGAAGCAGAAGCAUGGUGGGAAGAACCGCCAGGCCUCCAGCAGGCAGGCGGCAGCGGAAGCCAGUGUUCCCACGCCACAAGCCAUCCCGCAGGCAGGGCCCUCGAGUGAGGUCAGCACGCGGACCGGCCAGGAAAGGGCUGCCGCAUCACUGAAGCGCAAGCGAGUGCCAUGCUCCUCCGGCCCCAGUCCGGCAGCAUGUCCUACAGCUAAGAAGCAACCUCCAGGAAAGCAGACGUCUCAGCCAGCAGCAGAGAAGUCGGGAAACGAGACAGGGGCUGGGUCUGUGAGCCACCCCAAGCCCUAGGAAGCGAAGGCUCAGGAGACCCAGGGACCCCCUGCCCUAGCAAACAGCAGAAAAAUGUUAACAAGUGGAAGGGGCCGUCCACACAGACAGCAGGGGGUUGGAGUGGGGCCCAGGGGCUGGACAGCCAGGUCCGGACUGAGCCCCUGUGCUUUCCACCAGCUGGCAGGGACUCUACCUGCCAAGCCAAACUCCAAUCAGGGAGGUGCUGGCAACACAAGCAGGGGUCUACGACACCCAGCACACGUGGUUCCAAAACCUGGGAUGGGGAUCCCAACAUGGCAGAACCUGAAGAAGUUACAACUUGGAACUCCAGCACCAGCCCUGUCACCUGGUCACCCCAAAACACGCACCCUGUGUGCUCUGAACUAAGAUUGCCAACCAGCCACCACGCCACCUGGGACCCGGAUAAGCAUUCCCGAGACCACCUCUUCCAGAAGGAGCCAGAGCCAGUGAGAAAGAGCUGCGACGCAGAGAAGUAAUGCCCCAGAGAGGGUCAUGCAUGGUCCAGCCUAUCUUCAGGAUCAUGUACACCUUCUCUAGGGGAGCCCAGGAAUGCAGCACCCUUGAGCCCCUGCACAAGUGAGAACAGAACACCCAAUGGCCCUGGAAGCCCAGUGGCAGCCUGCAGGCAGUUUCCCUACCCCUGCAGCCUGGAAGGGCUAUUGAAACAAGGAGAACAAAGACUGUAAUCCGCAGGCCAGAGCCUGAGCUCAGCCUGGCAGGUGAGGGUACCGAGUACCUGAUGGGCCAGUACCCCCCAGCAGGACUUGCUGUGAGCAGAUGUGCAGCGAAACUUUUGUUCCAGAUCAGGACAAGAAGUAGCAGGAAAAGGAGGAGGAGGAGGAGGAGGGGAACGAGGAGAGAGGAUUUGUUGGGGUGGGACUUUGUUCUGCCUCUAUUUGUGUAGUGACACUGGAGACCUGCAGAGACUACUCAACGAGACCUGGGACUGGCCUGGUGAAUCACAGGCCAGCAGCUGCCGAUGGCCAAGGCCAGCCCGAGACCCUGCCCACGCAGGCAGCUGGCCUGGCUGCCCCAGCCUCGGUGAGGGGCACCUGAACACGUCUGUCACCCCCACUGGCCUGGGACAUGUGAGGGGCCAUCUGAAGGGUUCCAGCCUCCUGAGCAUCCUGAGAGGAGGACCCCCAUUCACCAUCCCCUUGGGGAGGCCACUCCCUGUUCCAGAAAGCGCACAGCAGACCCUGGGAAGGAAGAUGCAGGCCAGGCACGGAGGGGACAGUGGGAGGCUCCACGGGGACUGUGCUGUCCUGUGCCACCCUGCUGUUAUUGUGACUCAGUACCCUCAGCUUGGCCGAGCGCCCCUGCUUUGCUUUCCAGCAUCCUGUGACUGUCCUGGGUAGGCCAUAGCACACCAUCCAGAAGGGUGGCGAUUCCCUGGAAUGGGUGGACAUGGCCAGCAUCCAGUGUCCUGGCAACAGGCCCAUCGUGGGGCCCUCAGGAAGGAAGACUAUGGUGGGAGGGCCACAUUGUGGGGGUGGCUGAGGUACCUCCUUAGGGACCCCAGUGGUGGUGGGGAGGGCCCAAGACUAUGAGUUGUAGUGGCUGUCAAAGGUUCCUCUUCCUGCUGUCAUUUUCUGUUCAGUCUGCUGGUUUCUGUAAAUGUUUCUUUUCAAUAAAUUUCACUUAAUGGUUCAACUGA